GCCAAGAAUAGAGGACCGCCGGAAGCCGCUGGUGCAUGGCCAAUACUCGGCCACCUUCCCCUCUUAGGAGGGCCUCAACCGCCCCACAUAAUCCUAGCCAACAUGGCUGACAAGUACGGACCGCUCUUCACUAUCAAGCUUGGUGUUCACCGAGCUCUUAUCGUAAGCAGUUGGGAUGUGGCUAAAGAGUGUCUCACCAUUAACGAUAAAGCUUUCGCCAACCGCCCGAAAGCUUUAUGUGCAGAGAUUUUGGGGUAUGACUAUGCCUUGUUCGGUUUUAGCCCUUACGGACCUUACUGGCGCCAAGUGCGAAAGAUAGCCACGCUGCACAUCCUCUCUAACCACAAGUUGGAGUUGCUAAAGCAUGUCCGAGAAUCGGAGAUGAAGUUGUCUACGAAACUUAUAUUUGAUAUGUGGGAGAAAAACAAAGGUGUAUCAAAUAAGGUGCUGGUGGAAAUGAAGAGGUGGUUUGGAGACUUAACUUCAAAUGUCAUGUUUAGGAUGGUUGUUGGAAAGAGAUUUUUUGUGGCAAACUCGGCACAAGAGAAUGAAGAGAACGAGAGGUUUCGAAAGGAGUUGAGGGAAUUUUCUAGACUGGGUGGUGAAUUUGUAAUCUCAGAUGCAGUUCCAUAUCUUAGGUGGUUGGACUUGGGAGGUUAUGAGAAAGCCAUGAAGAAGACAGCUAAAGAACUCGAUGGGGCGCUACAAAAAUGGUUAGACGAGCAUAAACACAACCUGCACGGGAGAAGCACUAAUUCUGUGAAACAUGUCAAUGGUGAAAAUGACUUCAUGGAUAUGAUGCUUGCUGUCCUUGAUGAUGAUUAUUGUAUGGAAGAGUUUGCUGGUUCACGUACCGCUGAUACUAUUUUGAAAGCUACAUGCCUGGCGGUUCUUCUAGGAGGAACAGAUACCACAACAGUGACAUUAACUUGGGCUCUUUCUUUGUUACUCAACAAUCCUGAAGUCCUGAAAAAGGCUCAACUUGAGUUAGACAACCAUGUUGGUAGGGAAAGGCAAGUUAAUGAAUCAGAUGUGAAGAACCUAGUCUAUCUCCAAGCCAUUGUCAAGGAAACCUUGCGGCUAUACCCUGCUGGACCUCUCUCAGUGCCACAUGAAUCCAGAGAAGACUGCACAAUAGGUGACUAUCAUGUAAGCUCAGGCACACGUCUUCUCAUUAAUCUUUCAAAGAUGCAACGCGAUCCAGAUGUCUGGGACGACCCUUGUCGAUUCCAACCAGAAAGGUUUCUUACAACUCACAAGAAUGUUGAUGUUAGGGGCCAGAGUUUUGAAUUGACACCAUUCGGAAGCGGUAGACGAAUGUGUCCAGGAAUCUCUCUUGCACUUCAGGUUACUCAACUUACACUAGCUCAUUUGCUACACGGGUUUGAAAUUACAACUCCAUCUGAUGAACCAGUUGACAUGGGUGAGCGUUCAGGAAUAGCAAACAUGAAGGCAACCCCACUGGAGGUCCUUCUCACCCCAAGCCUACAUCCUAAACUUUAUGAUAAUGUUUACUAG